AUGAAAAGAAGCUCCCUGCUAUAAUUUGAAACUAGUGAAAAGUAGUUAAGAUUAUCAUCGGCUAACAUUCCACAAACCCUGAAUGAAAUAGGAAAGACUAUUUUAAAUUUUGAUAUAACAGAUAAUGUAAAUAGGAUUCAAAAAAGGAGAGUAGAGUAAAGGAGAGAAGAUUAAACAAAAUAUUAAAAAGAAUAAGAAGAUAUCUUAAAAAAAAAGCUUAUAAAAUAAAAUGAUGCACAAAUUAUUAUAGAAAAUAUGAAAAAAAAUGAAGAAAUUAAGGAAGAUUUUAAAGUGGAUGUUUCUUCUCUCUAUUCUUCGAUGAAAGAACAAUUCCCUUUGUUUAAUUAGAAUAACGAUUAAAAUCAAUGGUAAAGCAUUGCUAAAACUAUAAUAUCUCCAUAAUCUGCAUAAGUAAGUCCAGAUAAUUCACUAUUUAUUGAACUGAAUAGUAAGCGAAGAAGUCUUUUUAGCAACUAUAAUGCAAACAUUCUUGAAAAAUCAUUUGAUUCAACCAAUAAUAUUGCUUCUGUGAAAUAAAGGGUCUCUUUUUUAGAAAAUGUUAAAACAAAAGAAAAAGAAAAUAAACCAUCAUUUGAGUUUGAUUAAAAAUAGUGGUUUUUCUCUCAUGUGAUAUCUUCUAACUAUAUAGAAAGCGCUCUAAAGAAUAAAACAUAGAAUUAAAUUAAAUUUCGAAGAAUAAAAUUAGGAUCGCUAGAAAAAGAAGUUAAAUUUGAUAUUAUUGAAAAUCAACAAGAUAAUCGUUAACUAAUUUAAAGGAACAGAUUUGUACCAAAAAUAUUUUUAGAUAAAUAGAUAAUAUUAUUUGAGAAUAGCUAGUAAAAGAUACCCUCUUAUCACCCUCAAAUAUAGAAAAAUAAAAAAGCUUUUAAUUUAAAUAUAUUAAAUACUAAGGUUCCAACAUCAAGACGUUAAUCACUUAUAUUUUAUUCUUCUAAAGAUAUUUAAAACCAAGCUUAAAUUGAGAAAUAAUAUAAAAAAUUAAUUCAGUUUAGAUCUGAGAAUACUUUAGAGUAUUAAAGAGCUUAAAAUACUCUGCUGUUUGAUUUAAUCUUUGAUAAUAUAUAGGCAAAUAAUGUUAAAAAGUCUAAACAUGGUAAAAGUUAGCAAAGAACCCCAAAAGUAAAUUAAGCAAAAUAAUCAGAUGACAAUGACUUCAAAACAAUCUUGAAAAAUGUAACUAGGGAUAAUAUAAGAAGAAAAAGCUGUCAUUGCUCCGAAUGCGGGGAUAUUACAUAAAAAUAAAAGUUAAGUUAAAUGGUUUUACUAGAUAAAGAAAAAAAAUCACCAGUAAAAAUACAUUCUCAAUAAAGAUAAAAUAAAAAAAAUUAUACAGCAAAUUGUGAUUCACCAAACAAUUACAUAAGGCUAGCAAAUUAGAACAAAAAUUUUAGUAUGCUGAGUCAUUUCUAGCCAGAAAAAAUAAGCUCACAAUAACAAACUUAAUUAAGCAUAAAUUCAAAGCAGUCAAAUGAAACACCUAAAUAAGAAGCAAUGAAUAAUUAAGAUGAAUUUUCUUGUAUGAUCUAAUCUUAAAAUAAAGCAUUAAAGAGAUAAAAUUCAUUAGGCUUAGUUAAGGUACAAAAUUUAGAUUAAAGCAGAUACAGAACUGACACUUAAGAUACGGAUAGAUAUUAAGAAGAAAUGUCGGAAUCUCAAUAGUUAAAAUUUCGAGCCAAUAAGUAAUUUAAUUUAUGUAUAACUUAAGAAAUUUAUUAAAUAAUCAUGAAAUAAAAUAGAUCAUUUUUUAUAAAGAUUGAAGCACUAAAAAAAUCUUAACAAGCAUUAAGAGAUAGAGUUAAAGAAAAUAAUUAAAUACUCAAAAGCUAUUCGCCUAGUAAGCUGAAAUUAAAGUUAAUUCUUAAAAAUGAAGAUAAAAAUUGUGUUUUAGCAAAGUUUCUAAAUGAAAGAUAGAAAUCCUCUCGUCGGAUUGAAGAGUACUCUCGUAGAUAAGUUGUAAGCUAAUAAGGAUAGAGAAAUAUAUAUAAUCAACCUCAGUUUUCAAAUAAUUCAGAAAAGCAAGAAUAUCUUAAAUAAGCAAAUAAGAUAUUUUUUAAAAAUACAAAAAAAAAUUUAUUUUUGAAGUAAUUAGAUGAAAAAAGCGAUAAUAUUAAUAAAAUUUUAGGAUCUUAAAAUAUUCAAACUUGCAGAGUUUCUACAGCAGACCCAUAUACUUUACGCAAAAACUACAAAAAAAAUGAUUUUAUUGAAAAUUUCUUAACUAAUAGAGAGUCAGUUACCAGGAAAUCUUCUGAUUUCAAUAGUAAAGCAUACUCUUCUUAAUCCACAUUUAAUUCUACAAAGGGCUUCUCAAGAGAAAAAAAGUAUCUUUAUGCUAAUUAAGAUGAAAUUAAUUCUUAGCAUAGUUGA